UGCUCUCAAUCCACGAGUCUCUUGAAUCUAUCAAGCGCCUACGUUCUCAAAAGGACCUCGACGAAGAGUUAACGGCACUUGAAAGUACCUCCAAAGUUUAUAACUUAACGGCACUUCUUAAAAAACGAAUGCAGUCAGCGAGGGAAAUCCCAUACUUACUUCACGACAAAGUAAUCUACAAUGAACCUGCCACUAUCUGUGAACUUUCAGUGAUUGGUUUGCAAACUUUAGUUUAGAAACACAUAUGCCUGGUGAAACCGCUCCCCUUACUAUCUCUUCCCUUGAAAGCAUUGUGUUCACUAAUCAACUAAUAGUACAAGCAAUUAAAAGCCUUAAACCUUCCACUAGUACGGGACCGGAUGGCCUCGCUUCGAUAAUUUUCAAAAACAGUGGGUGUGAUAUACCCUGUUACUUCUUAAAUUCUUCUCAAUAUCUAUGGACACUGGCACUUACCCUAGUGAGUGGAAAACUAGCUUCAUAAUUCCACAUUACAAAUCUGGUGAUAGGGCAAACGUCCGCAAUUACAGACCCAUAAAUAUAACCCCAGUUAUCUCACGAAUCAUGGAGAAAGUUGUAAAGAUCAAUUGUCAGACUACCUAAUUAGGGAGGAUCUUGUUACAAGGUCUCAACACGGAUUUCUCAAAAAUAGAUCCUGCGUUACUUGCCACUUCGACUUUUUCAACUGCAUCACUAGUAGUCGCGAAGCACGUAAGCUAGUCGUUGUUCUAUACUUCGAUAUAUCUAGGGCAUUUGACAUGGUAUCUCACAGUAUUCUCUUUGAGAAGCUGUACUCUUGUGGAAUUCGCAACCCAUUACUGAACUGGUUAAAAUCAUUUCUAAGCAACAGGGUACAAAUAACCAAAGUUGGAUCUGUAUUGUCUCAUCCUAGGCAGAUCUCAAGUGGGGUCGUGCAAGGUAGUGUCCUAGGUCCACUUUUAUUCACAGUUUACAUUAACAGCAUUUGCAAGUGCUUCACCUCAGGUAAACCAUUCCUAUAUGCUGACGACCUCAAAGUCGUCUACUCCUGCUACACUCAUGAAUUAAGCGAUAUGGUUACUAAAAUACAUCUUGAACUAAGUAGCCUUGCAACGUGGUGUGCUGAAUCCUGUCUAAAUUUUAACAUUGACAAAUGCGGCUGGAUUUGUAUCGGCAACAGUAAGCUUGAUCUAAACCUUGAAAUAAAUGGGCGAAAACUAGCUAAGCUCAAUUCAGUCGUAGAUCUCGGUAUUAGAUACUCUAGUAACCUAACGUUCGCUGAACAGACUGAUUAUGCCAGACGUAAAACGCGAAGGCUGAUAGGAUGCAUAACACGCAAUUUCUUUUGUUGUGAAACUAGGGUUUUAUUAUACAAAGUAUGUGUCCGACCUAUCUUAGAAUACUGCCCGUUUAUUCUUAGCGGACUAAGACAAAAUGACAAGCUUAAAUUAGAGGGAGUGCAACGGCAGUUUACCUCAAGAACUCUUGGUUUAGAAAGUGGUCUGGAAUACCAUGAGCGAUGCGUAAGACUAAGAUUAGAACCCCUCUGGAAAAGACGCCUUAAGCUAAACCUUAUCUUUUACUAUAAGCUAACUAAUCUUCUCUUGCAUUCCUCCGAGCCAAUAACUAAACCUACCGCUGUCAUCAGUUACAAUCUUAGAAAUCAUCACAACCUAGCUGCUAUGGAGCACUGUCAGACUUACGUGCGGUACAACUUCUUCUUAAAUAAGUUUUCAGUCAUUUGGAAUAGACUACCAGCUAAUGUGCGCGAUGCAAACACACUUCCAGUGUUCAUCUCCUCAGUCACCAGACUGCUCAAAGAUGACAAUGCACUUAUACGUCUGACUCUUACACCCUCUUUUUCACCCUACAUAGAUAUUUUAAGUUGUUUAAACGUGUAGUUACAGCAAACUACAAUUAUAAAUUUUAAUAUUAUUGGAACUAGAUGAUUAACAUUUCUACACAGGACAGUAAUAUUAGUUCACACAUAAUAUAAAAGUUAGCAUAACGGGACUAGUUAGUUUGUGUACCAAAAUAACCACAGUUACUAAACAGAAUAUAUAUGUAUAUAUUUAUUAAUCACUCCUUAAGGACUCCCGUUGCUUUCUUUUGCGUUGCUGUUGUUUGUCUUCUUUUUUCUCUCACCAUUUCAGCUUCCAUUUGACUUUUUGAAUGAGAAUGAAUAAUGUGGAUAUUUGACCAUUUACAAUGACAAAUGAUCUGCAAACAUUAUUGGUCCCGUAUCUUUCAGUUGCCUGGUUAAUAACGAAUUAACUUUCUCCACGACGCAACCUGGAUUACAUUUGUGGAAUAUACUCUUAUACCAAUGGAAAAGUAUCAAUUUGUAAUACAACGUCACGAUUGUAGCUUAUAACAUAACUGAUCGUAUCUGUAAAAAUAGCUUCCUUAUUACCCAAUUUGGAUAUAAAUCAAAUCA